AUGGCGCUACGCAGGCUGCCGAUGCCAUCGGCAGAGCUCGUGGAUUUGCGGUCGAUAGAACGCUGUUCGAUGGGGAUGUCAUUUCCGCUAUGGACAUCGGGAAAUUCAGAAUGCAGUGCAAAUGAGGGGAGAGGGGAAGAUGUUGAAGCAUGGCUUUCCAAGGAAAAGUUGUCACCCGAAGAAGGUGUGGCUGUGUUGGAAGAACGUUAUAAGAAGUACAAAUACGUCGAAGCCAGUAUGACGUCGCAAAAGGCAAGGUAUGGUGCUGUUUGCUGUUUGUUUCCUUUUUAUGUUCGUGUUUGCAUGAGUUGCUCAACUGAAUCGCGACGUAAAAGCGAAAAUUUGGUGGAGGCAUUGGUGAAGCGAAAAUCGCUUUCAGCUCCCAAAGUGUCCUAA